AUGAUGUUUGGUGCCAAACCCACCACUCCUGACUCUCCGGACUCCACCAUUCCGAACUCUCCGGACUCCACCAUUCCGAACUAUCCGGACUCCACCAUUCCGACCUCUCAGGACACCUCAACGCCGGACUCUCCGGACACCACCACUCCUGACUCUCCGGACUCCACCAUUCCGACUUCUCAGGACACCUCCACUCCGGACUCUCCGGACUCUCCGGACUCUCCGGACUCCACCAUUCCGAACUCUCAGGACACCACCACUCCGACCUCUCAGGACACCUCAACGCCGGACUCUCCGGACACCACCACUCCUGACUCUCCGGACUCCACUUUUCCGAACUCUCCGGACACCUCCACUCCGAACUCUCCGGACUCCACCAUUCCGACUUCUCAGGACACCUCCACUCCGGACUCUCCGGACUCUCCGGACUCCACCACUCCGACCUCUCAGGACACCACCACUCCGGACUCUUCGGACUCCUCCAUUCCUGACUCUCAGGACUCCAUCGAAGUGUUCCCCUUAGUUGUGGGGGUUUGUAAUACUUGCGGUUCUGGUCAUCAGACAAUGGCGCAGGCGACAACGACGGUGGAGGACGUACAGGUCACAAACAAAGGGGAUGAAGAUGAAGUUACAUUUAAAUUUGACAGUGCAUAUGGCACUCUUGUAAAGGUUGAGGCAGACGUGGAGGAGGAGGAGGAGGAGGAGAAUCCAUUCGAGGGUGUGUAG